AUGACGAAAACCAAAACGGCUGGGGUGUGCCCUAUUUGUGGUACAACCAGGGACCUUGUUGCCAGACACAUCAAAAAUGUCCAUGGCGUGGCCAACAAAGUUGAACGAGACCUCUUAAAUCGGUUCGUCACCGGCCGGCGGACCCAUUCCGGUGGCAUGUGCCCAGUGAGGGGGUGCUUUGCAAAAGUGGCUCAUGUCCGUAAGCACGUGAUGGCCUGCCACAAGGAGAUGACAAGGGAAAGAAGGGAGAAGUUAUUGAUGAAGGCAAUUAAGAAGGAAUGCCUGAAGGAUUUGGCAAAGCUGAGGGCCUCCAACCCCAACCCCCCCAUGGUCACGCAGCUCAACCUUCAGGUCGAGGCGGAGGAAGGGUGCGGGCGGCCCGCCUGUCUGCUGAGGGACAAAAUUUUAGAGGACCUCCGCGCAGAGCUGGAGUGUGUGAAGAGGGAAUUGGCGGAGCUGUGUGGCGCCGGGAAAGAGGCGGGACCCUCAACUCGCCAGAGGAGGAGGCGGGCGCCUCCCAAAUCCCAAAUGGUCAUUACUGAGUCUUCUGAUGAGGAAGUUGUGGUGGAGACGGGGUCACAAGGACCGCUCCGAAUUGAGGACGAGGAGGACGAGGAGGACCCGUCCAUCCCUCAUUCUGCACAAUUAGAGGUGAUCCAGGAAGAGGAGGAGGAGGAGGAGGGGGAUGAGGAAGAGAAAGAAACGCAGGAUUUAUCGCACCAGGACCUGGAGGACUUUAGACAAAACAUCUCCCUCAUCGCAGGAGACAAAAGCGAGGAACGCACUUUGCCGGUCCACCCUGCCCUGGUGGUCAUAUUUAUGGACCGGAGGAGGGGCAGCACGGAUAAUUUCCGAUUUCCCAAGAGCCUCCAGGAGAAAAUGGAUGAAUACGCCAAUUAUGUAUUCAGGGCAACUGCGGACGUCCAGACCCAGCGGGUCUGGGACUGGACGUUCCUGGACAACCUCGCCAUGAUAAGAGUCUACCCUGCUCUCCUGGAGGCCCUUGGGAAAGAACCCACCACAGUAGUUAUCUUUCUGGCCAACGCGAAGGCCUUUUUGGUGUACCUCAUAAAGUUCGGCCAGAAGAGCUGCCGUAUCUCCAGCCAGCGCAUCAGGAUCCUCCACCACGAGAUGGCUAAACUGGCCCGGGACUUUAGCCGGCAUGUGACAGCGCACCAGCAGGCCGUCAAGGCCAAAAAGCUGGACCGGCUGAUUUCCCGGGAGGACCUGACGCGCUGCAUUGAGGCGUGCAGGGAUGUCAUCCCCACCCUCCUGGAUGAGGUGGAGGCUGCGUCCCUUGAGGACUGUGUGAGCCGCUUCCGGUUCUUCGGACACCUGGCGGCCUACCUGGCCUCCAUUUAUUGCCACAGGUCAUGUGUUUACACAAACCUGCUGGCCAGGGAGGUCAGGGAGGCCAAGGGAGAUGAGAAAGCUGGCUACCUCGUCAAUGUGAGCAACCACAAGACCACAGGUGAAGGCGCCAAAAGAACACGCUCCCCGAGUAAUAUCCAGAAAAGUGUUAAGCGAAUUAAAAGACGCUCGGUGGAUGUAGUACGCUCAGUGGAUGUAGGACGCCCAGUGGAUGUAGGCCGCUCGGUGGAUGUAGGACGCUCGUUGGAUGUAGAACGCUCAGUGGAUGUAGGACGCUCGGUGGAUGUAGGACGCUUGGUGGAUGUAGGACGCUCGGUGGGAUGUAGGACGUCGGGGGGUGUAGUACGCUCGGUGGAUGUAGGACGCUCAGUGGAUGUAGGACGCUCAGUGGAUGUAGGCCGCUCGGUGGAUGUAGGACGCUCGGUGGGAUGUAGGACGCUCAGUGGAUGUAGGACGCUCGGUGGAUGUAGGCCUCGGUGGAGGUAG